GAUGGGAUACUGGAGGACCGUCGCCCCGUUGUUCCUCCAUUACCUCAGGCGGCGGCUGAGGGGAGGGAGCGGCGGGGCCGGGGGUUCCCGGGGCUUCCCGGGGGUUUUGUUCCCGUCAGGAUGAAGCUGACCACUCAAGCUUAUUGCAAGAUGGUGCUGCACGGUGCAAAGUACCCGCACUGCGCUGUGAAUGGGCUGCUGGUGGCCGAGAGGCCUGCGGGACCCCCCAGGAGGGAGCAGCCCGGGCCCUCCGCGCUCUUCGUGGAUUGCAUCCCCCUCUUCCACGGCACCCUGGCCCUGGCACCCAUGCUGGAGGUGGCUCUGACACUGAUUGAUUCCUGGUGCAAGGAGAACAGCUACGUGAUUGCUGGGUAUUACCAAGCCAACGAACGCCUCAAGGAUGCCAGCCCCAACCAAGUGGCAGAGAAAGUGGCUUCCAGGAUUGCAGAGGGCUUCAACGACACAGCCCUCAUCAUGGUUGACAACACCAGGUUCACCAUGGAGUGCACUGAGCCAGCCAUUCACGUCUAUGAGCUCCAGGAGAACAAGUGGAGGUGCAAGGACCCUCACGUUGAUUUCUGUGAGGAUUGGACUGAAGCCCAGAGGAUUGCUGCAUCUCUCUUGGACAGCAAGUCCUACGAGACACUGGUGGAUUUUGAUAAUCACCUGGAUGACAUCAGGAAUGACUGGACCAACCCAGAGAUCAACAAAGCUGUUCUCCACCUCUGUUAGAGGAGCUGCUCCUGACUUAACUUGUACAGGCAUUCCCACUCUACUGAAGAGAGAAAAAAAAAAAAAAGGCUAUUUUUGAAUGUAAAUAGAAUAAUAUUCAGUACCUUUUGUGGAAACCUGACUGAUUAAACAAGGAGUGGCAUGUCCCAGA